ACGAUUCCAUCCCAGUUGAGUAUUUUUAGAUUUGACAGUUUUCUGUGUGUAAGCUUUAUCAAAUUUCUCCAUUGGUGGCAUAUGUCACAUAAACACAAAUACUCAGUUUUGGGGUGCUUUGUUUCUUUUGUUAAUAAUACUAAUGCUGUGUGAAUUGAUAACCUUUGCUAUUGUCGAGACGUCCACGAGGUUGCCGCAAAAUAUUUGAAUCAAUAAUUCGGUGAUAAGCCGUCUUGUCAUUGGUAUCACAAACCAUUCAAACAGUGAACGUGAAACGUACCGGUCGGCAAAAGCGGUGGCAUCGGCUAUUCAACUUGGUGGAAAAUCAUUGAGCAUAACGCUAGACCAAUGGCUUCGAUUACAACAUUCGCACGUUUCGGCUUACAGCUGAGCAAUGCGGCUAAAAAGUCUUUGCGUGCUACAGCCUCACCGUUUAAUCAACAGUGGCGCUCCUUCAAUGUGAGCAGUUUAUUGCUGGCAGAGCGUCGCUACACGGAAAAGCACGAAUGGGUGUCGGUGGAAGGCACAACAGCAACGGUGGGCAUUUCCGAGUAUGCACAAGAUGCGCUUGGGGAUGUAGUUUUUGCACAGCUACCGGACCCGGGCACAGCAUUACAACAGCACGAUGAAUGUGGUGCAUUGGAGAGCGUGAAAGCGGCUAGUGAGCUGUACUCACCACUUAGCGGUAAAGUGACUGAGAAGAAUGACACCGUUGAGGAGACGCCCGGUUUAGUUAACAGCAGCUGCUACGACAAAGGUUGGCUGUUUAAGUUGACUGUGAGCAAUACAACUGAACUUGAAAAGUUGAUGAGCGAGACUCAAUAUAAAGAGUUCCUCAAGGCUGCAGAACAUUAAUUGGAGAAUAAUGGUUGCUUUAUUUAUCGGUAUGAUCGUCUUAUCGCAAAAACAAAAAUAUGUUUAAAUAUUAAAAAGAAUCUUUCGCUUGCUUUACGUUGUUGCUUUACAAGAUAAUUGGGGUUUAUUCUAUAUACUUAUGUAUGUAAGAUUAUAAAUAUUGACAAAAUGUAUAUAUUUUAUGUGGUAAUCAUUUUGUACCAUAGUUCUAGGCUUAGUUCGUAUAUUUGUUGCCAUGCAUCUAAACACACAUUUUUGUUAUAAACCAGAAGAGAACGCAUUUAUGUGUUUUUGGCGCGUGGAAGUCAAUAAAAUAUAAAUGAAAAACAAAAAAAUGAAACUUAUAUUGAAUGUAUUGGAACAGAUCUUUUGUGUUUCAGCCAUUUGUAAACUUAUAUUAGUUUUAUUUCGGAAAAGUGACUAUGUACAAGAAAAUAGUAACCUUAAUAGUUGUAUUCUGCAAAAAAUUAUAUAUUUAGUGCGAGGAAUGGCAACAACAAAGCAAUUGACAAAUAAAACUACCACGUUGUUUUGUGUGGAAGAGUAAUAAAUCAAAUUUAGCAUUAAAAAUUAAUAAUAAUCAUAAUUCGCAGCAAAAUAAUUAAUUUCACCAGGAACUUGCUUGCACAUUCAAAGUGGUAGAUAGUUUAUAUAAAGCAAUGCAGUUUAUUACUUUACAUGCGCUUUUUUCGGAUGGAAACCAAGUGUUAGAGAAACAGGAAAGUUGCAGUGAAAUAAUCUUCUCUUUAAGAGGUUAUAUACAGUUAGAAGGCCGAACAAAGCGAAUUUUCCAGAAUUUUUUUCUGCGAAAAGUUUUAAAUUUAUUGAUCUAAAAAUUUGUACUCGUACACAUAUUAUGUUAUCUUUUGUAACUGUAUUUUAAGAAUUACUAUUAGUAAAUAUAUGUAUUUGGAAAGGAGCUACAGUUGAUCUCCGGGAGCUCCUCUCAAAAAAGACGUUUGGCCACAAUGGCGGUUUCUUAAAAAAAAAAAUUGAGUUUUGAUCAAAAUUUUGGCCUUAAAGGGUUACAUAGGUUUCGUCGGGUAAAAAAAGUCCUAUUUUCAAUAUUUUUUUAUCUAUGUAAAAAAUUAUUUAUUUAAUUCAAAAUUUUUUCUGUCUUAUAGAUAGAUAUGUACAUAUUUAAAGAAAAAUUUCUGAAAUUAAAAAAAAAAAAAAAUUAAAACUCCUUCAUUGAGACGUCAUUUCCGGUGCCCCUCGAAAAAACGGUGCGUC